AUGAGCUCAGAACCUAGAACUCGAGGGCAAAAAGCUGCCCGCCGGGAGGAGAGCGAGGGAGGUAAUGGUGUUGCGCCGACAUCCAAGAGCGCGCGCUCAAACCAAAGCUCCGAUGUUGUAGAGUCGGAAGAGCCUCGCGAGAACAUCUUUUUGUUCUGGCCGAAUCUCAUUGGUUACUCCCGAGUCGUUCUUGCGGUCGCCGCACUCUACUAUAUGCCCCUCCAUCCUCGCACUUGUUCGAUUUUGUAUACUGUGUCAUGUACCCUGGAUGCCUUGGAUGGACAUGUCGCCCGGAAGUGUGAUCAGUCAACCUCCUUCGGUGCUGUAUUGGACAUGGUCACUGAUCGUUGCACCACUGCCUGCUUGCUGGUCUUCUUGAGCUCCGCCUGGCCUCGUUGGGCCAUCGUUUUCCAGAUCCUCAUUUCUUUGGAUCUGGCUAGUCACUGGAUUCACAUGUACGCCACUCUGACUAUGGGUGGAUCUGGUUCGAGUCACAAGAAUGUCGAGGCUAGCCGUAGCUGGGUGCUACACCAGUACUACACCAACAAGAACCUGUUGACUGCCUGCUGCGUCAUGAACGAAGCAUUCUUCAUCGGUCUCUACCUGCUGUCCUUCUCUUCGCCCAUCCUGUCGCCCUCCCUUCUGCAACCUGUUCCUGACGCCCAACCUCUUUCCGCUCAACCCGGAAACCCCGCCCACCCCGUCCCUGCUAGCCUCUUCUCUAGCCCCUGGAGUGCCGGUGCUCUGGAGCUGGCUCGUGCCAACAAGAUCGACAGCACCCUGCCCUGGGCUGUCACCCUCAUCGCCUUCCCGCUCAUGGCCUUCAAGCAGUUUGUCAAUGUCAUUCAGCUGAUUCAUGCAAGCAAGUGGUUGGCUGAGGGCGAUAUUCAAGCUCGCCGUAACCGCAAGAAGGCGUGA